AGUAGUAGCAGUAGUAGUAGUAGUAGUAGUGGCAGUAGUAGUAGUAGUAGCAGCAACAGCAACAGUAGCAGCAACAGCAGCAGUAGUAGUAGUAGUAGCAGUAGCAGUAGCAGUAGCAGUAGUAGUAGCAGCAACAGCAGUAGUAAUAGUAGUAGUAGUAGUAGUAGUAGUAGUAGUAGUAGUAGUAGUAGUAGUAGCAGUAGCAGUAGCAGUAGCAGUAGCAGUAGCAGUAGAAGUAGCAGUAGCAGUAGCAAUAGCAGUAGCCGUAGCAGUAGCAGUAGCAGUAAUAAUAGUAACAGUAGUAGUAGCAGCAACAGCAGUAGUAGUAGUAGCAGUAGCAGUAGCAGUAGCAGUAGAAGUAGUAGCAGUAGCAGUAGCAGUACUAGCAGUAGCAGUAGCAGCAGCAGUAGUAGCAGUAGCAGCAGCAGCAGUAGUAGUAGUAGUAGUAGUAGUAGUAGUAGCAGUAGCAGUAGCAGUAGUAGUAGCAGUAGCAGCAACAGCAGUAGUAGUAGUAGUAGCAGUAGCAGUAGCAGUAGCAGUAGUAGUAGUAGUAGUAGCAGUAGUAGUAGCAGUAGCAGUAGCAGUAGUAGUAGCAGUAGCAGCAACAGCAGUAGUAGUAGUAGUAGCAGUAGCAGUAGCAGUAGCAGUAGUAGUAGUAGUAGUAGCAGUAGCAGUAGCAGUAGCAGUAGCAGUAGUAGUAGUAGCAGUAGUAGCAGUAGCAGUAGCAGCAGUAGCAGUAGCAGUAGCAGUAGUAGUAGCAGUAGCAGUAGUAGCAGCAGCAGCAGCAGCAGUAGUAGUAGUAGUAGUAGUAGUAGCAGCAGUAGCAGUAGCAGUAGUAAUAGCAGUAGCAGCAACAGCAGUAGUAGUAGUAGCAGUAGCAGUAGCAGUAGUAGCAGUAGCAGCAGUAGCAGUAGCAGUAGCAGUAGCAAUAGUAGCAGUAGCAGUAGCAGUAGUAGUAGCAGUAGCAGUAGUAGUAGUAGUAGCAGUAGCAGUAGCAGUAGCAGUAGUAGUAGCAGUAGUAGUAGCAGUAGUAGCAGUAGUAGCAGUAGCAGUAGCAAUAGCAGUAGUAGUAGCAGUAGUAGCAGUAGUAGCAGUAGCAGUAGCAGUAGUAACAGUAGCAGUAGUAGUAGUAGCAGCAACAGCAGUAGUAGCAGUACCAGUACCAGUACCAGUACCAGUAACAAUAGCAAUACCAGUAGCAAUAGCAAUAGUAGUAGCAGCAGUAGUAGUAGUAGUAGCAGC